CCGGAGAGGCGGUGGCGGCGCGGGGAGUUUGGAUUCUGGUUCCGCCGUGCUGGGUCCUCCGGGUCCCGCAGGGAGGCGUGAGAUGACAGGGUCAUGGCUGCAGUUCCUUUAAACAAUCUACAGGAACAGCUGGAGCGUCACUCGGCCAGAAAACUGAAUAAUACAUUCAGUCUUUUCAAACCGAAACCUGCAGGCUUUACUUUCAAGAAGAAGACAUCAGACAGCGAUGCAUCUAUGACAAAUGUGUCAGUAGCAAAAACCCCAGUGUUGAGUGACAAAGAUGUGAAUGUGUCCAAGGUCUUUUCCUUCAGCCAGCCUCUGCCCUGUACUCCCAGGCCGCAGGUGGGGAUCAGUGGCUUUAAAAAUGCUCCAGCAGUACAGCAGACCCAGGGAACUGGCACAAAACCACUGUCAGUGGAUUUGUUGCAGACACCGCAGGACGUUCUCUCUACCAGCCAGAACACACCUGCUGUGAAGAUCCCCCAAGACGCUACUUUCAAGAAGUUAGAUUUCAGUUCCUCCCUGGACUCUUCCCGCUCCCCUAGAAACUGGGAUGACCUGGAUGACUUCGAUACAUCCUCCACUUCAAAAGCAUUUACGACCCCAGCCCGAAGUCUCCUCGGCAAAGUGAGCACUGCUCAGAAACCCAGACAGGGCAAGCGAAACUUUGUGAAAGCAUCACCUCUUAAAGCAAAUACAGUACAGGUUGAUUUGACUUCUUCCGUUGAUUUAACUAAGGAACAGAAGGACGACUCCGAAUGCUUCUGCAGUGCUGUGAUUUGCAUUGAUGAAGACUCUACUUCUGAUGUGCUUUUAAAUAAAGACUCUCCACAGAGUUGCUCUUCAGAAACUCAUUUGGAGGAUGAACGAGGUAGCAGGGACAGGAAGCAGCUUGUGGAAGAGGCUGAGCUACCUUCUGCCCGGCAGGCCCCAUGUAUUGAGCUUGACGAUGACAAUGAUAUAGAUUUUGUCCCACCGUCUCCAGAAGAAGAGAGUAUUUCUUCUGCUGCUUCUUCUUCUAAAUGCCUUAGUGUAUUAAAGGAUUUUGAUGCCUCUGACCAGGAAAAAGAUCUUUCAUCAAAACCAGAGAAGAUUGCUGGGCAGGAGCCUGAUCCGGAAACCAGUUCAGACUGUGACGCCAGACAAAACCAUCUCCAGCAGCAGCUUAUUCAGGUGAUGGAGCGCAUCUGCAGGGUGGUGGAUGCUAUCCGUGUGGAUGAACUGACGGCUUUGCAUUGUGGGGAUGAGCUGCUCCAGCUGCGGGAUGAGAGAAAGAAACUCCUAGCCAAGGUAGAGUUUAAUGGGAAGGACGUAAGUCUCCUCAGUUGUGUGUGGAGAUGUAGGCCUGGUUCACUUGGUGUCACUGUGGAGGGUGAUUCCUGCCCUGUGAAGAGUUCUGCAGAGUUAAAGUUUCCAUAUCUUCCCUCGAAUUCUCUGUGCUCUGGGGAAAGUUUACUGUCCACCACUCUGGGAAAGACAGGACUGUCAGCUGCCACCAAGAAGCUUUUUGAAAGGUCAUCAUUCAGUUCCCCUUCACAGAACUCCUUUGUAAGUAGCAACUGGGCGGAAACACCAAGCGGAGAGAGAAGAAAUGAAAGCUCUUACUUCCCGGGAAAUGCUCUUACAAGCACCGCUGUGAAAGAUCUGAAUAAGCACUCCGCUUUGGGGGAUAACUUAGCAAGAGAAACUCAGACUUCGUGUGAUAUUGAUAACUUUGACAUAGAUGACUUUGAUGAUGAUGAUGACUGGGAAAAUAUCAUGCAGAAUUUGCCAGCCAGCAAGCCUUCCACGGCUGUCUUCCCUCCUAUCAGGGAAGGUGGGCCAAUUAAAUCCCUAUCAGCCAAAACAGACUGCCUUCCAGCGGUCUUCACUGCUCAGAGGAAAAACUCAGAGUCAGUUCAGAAUUACACUGACAAGAUGGAGCAGAAUUUUACCACCAGAAAUGCAAAACAUGAACGCUUCCAAAGUCUUGAUUUUCCUCAUACAAAAGAAAUGAUGAUGAUUUUUCAUAAAAAGUUUGGCCUGCAUAAUUUUAGAACUAAUCAGCUAGAGGCAAUCAACGCUGCACUGCUUGGUGAAGACUGCUUUAUCCUAAUGCCCACUGGAGGUGGUAAAAGCUUGUGUUACCAGCUACCUGCCUGUGUUUCUCCUGGAGUCACUAUUGUCAUUUCUCCCUUAAGAUCACUAAUAGUAGAUCAAGUCCAAAAGCUGACUUCCUUGGAUAUUCCAGCUACAUACUUAACCGGUGAUAAGACUGACUCAGAAGCUGCAAGUAUUUAUCUCCAGUUGUCAAAAAAGGACCCAAUUAUUAAACUUCUCUAUGUCACCCCAGAGAAGGUCUGUGCAAGUAACAGGCUGAUUUCUACUUUGGAGAAUCUGUAUGAGAGGAAGCUCUUGGCACGUUUCGUUAUCGAUGAAGCACAUUGUGUUAGUCAGUGGGGACAUGAUUUUCGUCAGGAUUACAAAAGAAUGAAUAUGCUUCGCCAGAAGUUCCCCUCAGUCCCUGUGAUGGCGCUCACAGCCACUGCAAACCCCAGGGUACAGAAGGAUAUCCUCACUCAGCUGAAGAUCCUCAGCCCUCAGGUGUUUAGCAUGAGCUUUAACAGGCACAAUCUGAAAUACUACGUAUUACCGAAAAAGCCUAAAAAAGUAGCAUUUGAUUGCCUGGAAUGGAUCAGAAAGCAUCACCCAUAUGACUCAGGGAUCAUCUACUGCCUUUCCAGGCGGGAGUGCGACACCAUGGCUGACACACUGCAGAAGGACGGGCUUGCUGCGCUGUCUUACCAUGCUGGCCUCAGCGACUCUGCCAGGGACGAGGUGCAGCACAAGUGGAUCAACCAGGAUGGCUGCCAGGUUAUCUGCGCGACAAUUGCAUUUGGAAUGGGCAUUGACAAACCUGAUGUGCGAUUUGUGAUUCAUGCAUCUCUCCCUAAGUCUAUGGAGGGCUACUACCAAGAGUCCGGCAGGGCUGGGAGAGAUGGAGAAAUAUCUCACUGCCUGCUUUUCUACACCUAUCAUGACGUGACCAGACUGAAAAGACUUAUAAUGAUGGAAAAAGAUGGAAACCGUCAUACAAGAGAAACUCAUUUCAAUAAUUUGUAUAGCAUGGUACAUUACUGCGAAAAUAUAACUGAAUGCAGGAGAAUACAACUUUUGGCUUACUUUGGUGAAAAUGGCUUUAACCCUCAUUUUUGUAAGAAAUUCCCAGAUGUUUCUUGUGACAACUGCAGUAAGACAAAGGAUUAUAAAACAAGAGAUGUGACUGAUGAUGUGAAAAAUAUUGUGAGAUUUGUUAAAGAUCAUAGUUCAUCACAGGGAAUGAGAAGCAUGGGUCCUUCUGGAAGAUUCACUAUGAACAUGCUGGUUGACAUUUUCCUGGGAAGCAAGAGUGCAAAAAUUCAAUCUGGUAUAUUUGGAAAGGGAUCUGCUUAUUCACGACACAAUGCUGAAAGACUUUUUAAAAAGCUGAUUCUAGACAAGAUACUGGAUGAAGACUUGUACAUCAAUGCCAAUGACCAGGCAAUCGCCUAUGUGAUGCUUGGGACUAAAGCCCAAACCAUACUAAAUGGACAAUUAAAGGUAAACUUCAUGGAAACAGAAAAUUCCAGCAGUUUGAAGAAACAAAAAGCUUUAGUGACCAAAGUGUCUCAGCGGGAAGAGGUGGUUAAGAAAUGCCUGGGCGAGCUCACAGAGGUCUGCAAGUCCCUGGGGAAGGUCUUUGGUGUCCAUUACUUCAACAUCUUUAACACAGCCACACUCAAGAAGCUUGCAGAAUCUUUAUCUUCUGAUCCUGAGGUUUUGCUUCAAAUUGAUGGUGUUACUGAAGACAAGCUGGAAAAAUAUGGUGCAGAAAUGAUCCCGAUAUUACAGAAAUACUCUGAGUGGACAUUGCCAGCUGAGGACAGCUCUCUGGGCCGAGGCCCGGGGAGCAGAGGCACGGGAAGGAGUGCCCCGGAGGAGCUGGACGAUGAUGACUAUGACGAGGCGCCUGUAUCUUCUCACUACUUUGCAAACAAAACCAGAAACGAAAGGAAAAGGAAGAAGACGUCAGCCUCCCAGAGGCCCAAGAGGAGAAGAACGAGCUACGGUGGUCUCAAGACCAGAGGGGUGUCCACCACGUGCAGAAAGACGUCUUCCAAAAGUAAAUCCUCCAGUGCAGCAGGAUCUGGUCCGGCCGUGCUUGGCUCUCGAGCGACAUCAGGAGCCAGUGGAAAACUGGGGAUCAUGGCUCCACCCAAGCCUAAAAAUAGACCCUUCCUCAAACCCUCUUAUGCGCUUUCCUAACAGCCCCUCGCCCACACCCCUUCCCUCUGGUCUACGUGUGACCAUCUGUGCCUAGAAAGCUGGCAAGUCAUCUCAUAGCACGCACAAUUUUUACUCAUAUCAAUUAAUAUGUAAAUAAAUGCUUGGGGUGACAGUUCUUAUUGUUUAAAAUAAAGAUUUUCUAUUAAAUAGCAC